CAUUUGCGAGUGUUUUCUUCUCUCUCCCCUUUUUCUCGAGUCAAGCCUCACUCCGAAGUCCGAAACAUGCUCUCCCCUACCAGCUGACCGUAGCAGCAGCCGCCAGCCGCCGCAGGAAGCGCCGAGCAGCCAACCAAGCCGCCGGAGCCCAAAGGGUUCUUGCUCCCCAUUUCCGCAAUUGGAGCCACCUGCUUCCGAUUCCUCUUUCUGCGCUCGUGGGGUUGUCGAAGCGUCAGAUUUCUUGCUUCCCCGCAGCAAUUUGGCUGGCGUCCGAGCGGCGGCGGGCGGCAGCUGGUAGUUUCCAUGGUUCUUGGUUUGCUGUUGGGGUGGAGGAGAUAGCACAAGGGAGGAGAUUGGGGGCAGGCUAACCGAGGUCGGGGGGGACUGGCGGCGGGGCACGGCCGCACGGGAUGAUGGAGCCCCAGGUGGUGGACCUCGAGGAUGAUAGCAUCAACUUCUGGGCCUCCCUCGGCGUCAGCCCCCAUGUCGACCAGAUGCCGCUGCACAACGUCCACAUCGUCGACCACCAGGCUCAGCCACCGCCGGCCGCCGCGGCGGCGCAGCCGCAGUCAGUCUGCAGGGACCUCUUCCCGGUCGAGUCCGACGCCUGCCUGGAGCCUCGGCUGGGGAUGGAGUUCGAGUCCGGCGAGGCUGCCAAGACCUUCUACAUUGCUUAUGCCGGCCGUGUUGGGUUCUCCGUCCGCAUUGCCCGGUCGCGCAAGUCCAAGUGCAGCGAGUCCAUUAUCAUGUUGAGGUUUGUGUGCUCGAGGGAAGGGUUCAGUAAGGAGAAACGAGCGGCCACGGCUGGGAAGAAGACGAGGAAGCGUCCUGCCUCCAUCAGGGAGGGCUGCAAUGCCAUGCUCGAGGUGCUCCGCAGAGGUGAUAGCAAGUGGGUUGUUACCAAGCUUGUCAAGGAGCACAAUCACGAGGUUGGGCUGCCCAGCCGAGUGCAUUACAUUGCCAUUGAGGGUGAUGCUGUGGUUGACCCUUACCUUGGUAUGGAGUUUGAGUCCCUUGAGUCUGCCAAGACAUUCUACUACUCAUAUGCCAGCCGUGCGGGGUUCGAAGCUCGUGUGCGGCAGUCCCGCAAGUCGCAAGAUGAGUCACUCAAGAUGCUGAAGCUCGUGUGCUCCAGGCAUCGAUACCAUUCAGGCCGGGAGAACAUUGGAGAGGAUACCAAGAGAGUCCGUGCGUUGGACCCCUCUAGGGAUGGCUGUGAUGCAUUGUUUGAGAUAAUUCGGAAGGGCAAAGAUGUAUGGACGGUCUCCAAACUCAUCCUAGAGCAUACUCAUGAGCUGAACCCAGCACCAGCAAGCAGAGUUCACUGUGUUCGCUCGCAAGGUGAGGUACUUGUGAUUGCAAAUAAUUUUGCUGACACACGCAAUCUCCUUCUGAAGGGCCGAGAUUCUCAGCAACCUAGAGAGAUGCGGUAUAAUGAUUUAGGGCCAGAGGAUGCUCAAAGCCUAUUUGAAUAUCUUAAGAAGAGACAAGACGAGGACCCUUCAUUUUUCUACGCCGUGCAGCACGGAAAGAAUGGGCAGUCAGCCAAUAUCUUCUGGGCUGAUGCUAAAGCUAGGAUGGCUUACUACCAUUUUGGUGAUGCUGUUCGGUUUGAGACAGCAUACCGGAAAAACAAGGAGACUAUCCCUAUUGUCAUAUUCUUAGGUGUCAAUCAUCAUGUACAGCCAGUUGUUUUUGGCUGUGCACUACUUCUUGAUGAGUCUGAAGCGUCAUUUACAUGGUUAUUUGAAAAAUGGAUUGAAGCAAUGCACAUGGGGCCACCUAUUUCUUUGGUGACAGAGUUGAACCGAGAAAUGACUGCUGCUAUUGCCAAAGUAUUACCUCAUACCCACCAUAUUUUCUGUGGAAAGCAUAUCUUAGACACCGUGAAGGAGGAGCUACAUGGUACGUUUCCAGAUCUAGAGCCUUUCAUAACUGAUCUGAGGAAGUGCAUUGAUGGGUCCAGAAUAGAAGAAUUGUUUGAAUCGGGUUGGAGCUCGGUCAUCACAAAGCAUGGACUUAGCAAUAAUGAGCUUUUACAGUCUCUCUAUGAUAUUCGCCAACAAUGGGCCCCUUCAUACACGAAAAAGGUAUUUUAUCCCGGAAACCAGAUGCCAACAACCUGUGAAAAUAUAGAGAAGGUUAUUGAGAAGUAUUUUUCUUCGAAGACUGAAUUGCGGGUGGCGGUUUGGCAACUCGGAGAAGCUAUUUCCAGUUCAUUUGAAGCUGAAGUUCAGGCGGAUUAUUUCACAAUUUUUCAAAUGCCACCGUUGAGUACUGCCUCGCCAUUAGAAAAACAAGGGAGUUCAAUAUUCACUAGCACAAUAUUUGGCAUAUUUCAGGGGCAAUUUGCUGAGUCUUUUGGGUACCACGCAGAGAGACUCGAGGAUGAGACAGUACACAAGUACCGUGUCACAAGAUAUGAAGGCGAUGAGGAGAUACACACUGUCUCUUUCAGUCCAGAUCAAAGUACUGUGAAUUGUAGCUGCUGCCUGUUUGAGAGCUGUGGUAUGUUGUGCAGGCAUGCUCUCCGAAUUUUUAUUAUCCAAGGAGUACGUGCCCUUCCAAAAGCAUAUAUCUUGAAACGUUGGACAAAGCACGCAAAAAAUAUAAUAACCUCUGAUAACUAUGUUGAUCUGAGGGGAGACCGUGAGGAUCCCUCAACUGCAAGGUUCAAUGAUCUCUGCUGUGAUGCAGUGAAAUGUGCAAAAGAAGGUUCAAAAUCUGCUGAAAUCUAUGCAGUCGCUAAAGAUGCACUGCACAAGGCUUUUGAUGAGGUAGUACGGUCAUCAAAGAACUUUCGAGGGCAGCAAAAUCUGCAAAGCUGUACAACAUCAAUAAAAAGGCCAAUUAAGAAGUUUGGUAAGGCCAAAGAUUCCUCCGGUAAAAGCUUAAAGAGGUCAGCAUCUAAAAGCCCCCUUAUGGAGAGUGAUGAUAUUAGAUGACGAAGUACCUGGAAUUAGGGAACAGCAUGAUUUUUCAUGCCACCUUGUAUGUAGCACCUUGCAAUCUAAUAAUUACUAAUUAGAUUGUAGCUGGCUGCAGGAUUUGACUAUUAGCAGAUCUAGUGGCUGUAAGGGUGAUAGUGAACCCUUGAACUUGAGAGAUUAAUGCUCAAGAAAGUUGUAGAACAGAUGCCUUUUUUGUGGAGACAUUUAUAAAUACUACUCCUGAUAGAUUGUUUUAAAUAGGAAA